AUGCAUUGUAACUAUUUUAAGCGGAUGUGCAUCGUUACGUCAACGUCAUCGUUGACUCCUGCUGAUUCACAAAGAGCCAACGCCAUUACACGAGCAUAAUCACCUUUCAAGCUUCCAGAUAGCCUCGGGGCAGGAAUGCUUUCCUGGACAUUCGGCAGGUCAAGGAUUGUGCAGUGCGCGCUAAAAAUUGCCCACGGCAACUCAUCUUUCGUUUUAUUUUUUGGGAAAAGAGAAGACACAUCUAUAACUGCCAUCAGGCAUACGACGGGAAGCUCAAUCCACGACGAAGAAGACAAGGCCGGGCGUCCUACAACACCCUGGGUCCGGCAGGUUAUCAGCGGAGUUGACCUUAUGCGCCACCCCAAAUACAACAAAGGACUAGCUUUCUCCGACGCGGAGCGCGACCGGCUGUACCUCCGCGGGCUACUACCGCCAGCUGUGCUGUCACAGGAGGUCCAACUAGAGCGCACGCUGCUUAACAUCCGAAGCAAGGAUUCUGAUCUCGAGAAGAGCACGUACCUGCAGGGCCUUCAGGAGCGCAAUGAGAGGCUGUUCCACCGGGUGCUAUUGGAGAACAUUGAGGAGCUACUUCCAGUAGUGUACAACCCCACUGUUCGACUGGCCUGUCAAAAGUACGGGCUUAUGUUCAAAAGCUUGCCACGUGGUCUGUUUAUCACCUUGGAGGACCGCGGCCGCGUAUUCCGCAUUCUCAAAAACUGGCCUGAGCGCAAUGUCAAGCUCCUCGUGGUCUCGGACGGGGAGCGCGUCGGAGACCUGGGGGACCUGGGUGUACAGGCCGUUGGAGUCCCCAUAUCGAAGAUAUCGCUGUACACUGCAUGCGGAGGUAUCCCCCCUUCCAUCGCGAUGCCAGUUAUGAUUGACGUGGGCACUGACAACGAGGAGCUCCUGCGGUCGCCCUUCUAUGUCGGGGUGCGCCAUCGCCGCGUGCGGGGCGACCCCUACUAUGAGAUCAUGGACGAAUUCUUGACUGCAGUUAAACGCCGAUUUGGUAACACCGUGCUCGUACAGUUUGAGGAGAUGGCAUAUGAUAAUGCCAGCAAGCUGCUCAACAUGUACCGUACUGAGUUUCCAUGCUUCAAUGAUGAUAUGACCGGUGUGGCGGCUGCGGUCCUGGCGGGCAUCAUGGCUGCGUUGCCCAAGACAGGGGGUAGACUCAGUGAUCACCGAAUCAUUUUUGUGGGGGAGGGCGCCGUUGUGGCAUGCAUCGCUGAGCUAUAUGCCACGGCAGUUGCGACGCAAACAAGCCAGACAGUCCUCGAUGCACGGAGGCGACUUUGGCUGGUGGAUGCACAGGGGUUGGUGACUCGUGAGCGCGGCGACAGUUCCACGCUCGAGUCUUAUAAGCUGCCAUACUGCCAUUCGGGGCCGGAAUGCCGGGAUCUGGCGAGUGCAGUGAAACUUUUGAAGCCCACUGUGCUGGUGGGGCUGUCCACACAUGGAACGCCUCCGUUUCCGUUUACGCCUGAGGUGCUGCAGGCGAUGUGCGAAGCCUGCAAGCACCCGCUAAUCUUUCCGUUAAGUGCUGCAAUGCCCGAGUGCACAGUAGUCGACGCGUACAAUUGCACGGAGGGCAGAGCGUUGGUUGCGACGGAGCAGAAGGUUGAGUCGGUGAUGUUGCCUAGCGGCCGGACAGUAACACCAGCCCAGUGCACCUCGACAUACAUCUUCCCCGGAGUCGCACUAGGAGCGCUUAUCUCGCGUUGCACCAAGCUGCGUGACGAGCAGUUCAUUGCUGCCGCGGAGGCCGUCAGCCGUAUGGUAUCGGAGGAGGAGCUUUCCAGGGGCAGCAUCUACCCUUCACUGUGCAAGAUUCGCGACGUGGCCGCCAGCGUUGCGAAGGCAGUGGCGCAAAAGGCGUACGAGGGCGGCUUUGCAACGGCUUUGCCGAAGCCGCACAACCUGUAUGAGGCAGCGCGACAGCAGAUGUACCACCCGCAGUACAGGCGCUACAGAUGAGGACCUGAUAAGUCCGGGCCUUCUGGGCCAGCAAUCUCCCGAUUGCUAUGCGCUGAUCCUGGAUUGAACGAAAAAACCAUUUCGUAAGGGAGAGAUUAGAUGCCUUUUACGGACGGCCCCGAUGCCUGAGGAGACCUGAGAAGUUGUCGCCAAGCGCUUAUACUUCGUUCGAGUCGCUUGCCACACGCAGCCACACGUUAUCCUUUUUAUAUGCUGGGCGCGGCUUAUGUGUGCGGCUGAGAUGUGGUUGUAAGCUGACCAGGCUAAGUACACUUCGUGUAGUUCACGGGUGAAGUCAUGCGCGACUUUCUUGGUACAAGGAAAAAUGCUUCUUCUAUAAAUCCUGUACUGCUCCUGGCACACGAAAUCCAUCGGAUAGGCAAAAACUGGAAAGACAGAAUUCAGUAGGUGUAAAUUUACAUAGCG